GGAAGGGCUGGGCCCGGAAACGGAAGUGGAGCCGGGGCCUGGGGGGGCCCGGUGGCGGCCGGAGCCGGGGCCGGGGCCGGUACCGCCACCGCCGCGAUGAGCGAGCCCGAGCUGCUGCUGGACUCCAACAUCCGGCUAUGGGUGGUGCUGCCCAUCGUCUUCAUCACCUUCUUCGUGGGCAUGAUCCGGCACUACGUGUCCAUCCUCCUCCAGAGCGACAAGAGGCUCACGCAGGAGCAGGUGUCCGACAGCCAAGUCCUGAUUCGGAGCAGAGUCCUGCGGGAAAAUGGAAAAUACAUUCCAAAACAGUCUUUCCUGUCCCGGAAGUAUUAUUUUAAUAACCCGGAGGAUGGAUUUUUUAAGAAAACUAAAAGAAAGGUAGUGCCUCCUUCACCAAUGACAGAUCCUACCAUGUUGACAGAUAUGAUGAAAGGGAAUGUAACCAAUGUUCUGCCUAUGAUCCUCAUCGGUGGUUGGAUCAACAUGACGUUUUCAGGAUUUGUCACAACAAAGGUCCCAUUUCCUCUGACACUGCGUUUUAAACCAAUGUUGCAGCAGGGAAUUGAACUGCUCACUUUAGAUGCGUCCUGGGUGAGCUCUGCUUCCUGGUACUUCUUGAAUGUGUUUGGACUCAGAAGCAUUUAUACUCUCAUCCUGGGCCAAGAUAAUGCUGCAGAUCAGUCUAGGGUGAUGCAAGAACAAAUGACGGGGGCGGCAAUGGCCAUGCCAGCAGACACCAACAAAGCGUUUAAGCAGAGAUUUACCCACACGGAACCAGCUGCCUGGGAAGUGGGGAUGGUCUGCUCCCACAGCGUCUGGUGUUCAGUAACCUUCCUGGUUAAACAACCCCACGUCACCCAGCCAGCGGCGCAGGGAGGGAAGAGGGUGGCUGCAGUUUGCAGCUCUGCUGGAGCAGCGACUGUUCUGUCACAGCCGGUCAGCGCUGAGGUGCAAUGCCGACCAGAACCACGCGCUCUCCUGGCUCCCGUCCCUCCGCUUCCUUUCUGGUACUGGAUAUCCAGAGCAGUUUUGCUGUUCAGCCCCGUAGGGACCUAAACCUGGAACAUGGUCCCCAGCAGGAACAAAGCAGGAGAAGCGUUCUGGCCAAGAAAAACAAAUCUCUUGAUGGACGUUGCAUGACGUGAUUUUUGCAGGCUGUACACAGCUUAUUUCACAGUACUUAGUGGAGCAACACUUCAUGGAGUAAGAGGGGGAGAAAGAGAUUUGUAUUCAUGGGUGGUGGAAAACGAGUAGUGGGGGAGAUAAUUCACAUAUUUAUGAUGAAAUUCUGUUCUUAGGUCUUGGGGUGCUACAAACACCUGGCUUAAUGAAUUAAUAAACUCUGCAGCUGCAGGGAGGUUGUUGGUUGCCUAAUGAGGCGCAUCAUGUCUGUGAUCAGUUGCAAAAUUUUUGGCCUAUAACUGUUUUUUAUCAAAUGUCUCUGAACUAAAGAAUUAAGUAACCACAAAGCACUUGACCCCCCAAACAGAACAGACAGCUGUUUUCAAAUAAAUGCACUAUUCUAGAAAGUUAGAGGGUUUUCAAAAAGCAAAUAAUGUAAUUUUUCUAAUUUCGAUGAUGUACAUAUAUUGACCAACAUCUAAUACGCAAUUAAGCAUAGAACACUGAUGUCAGAGUUGACAGGAUUGCCAGGUUUUUAAUGGAACUUGGGUUUUGUUUCAGUUUUAAGGGAAGCGCUGUUUUGUGUAGUUCUUAACUACCUUAAUACUAUGUUGCUUUCCUUUC